AAGAUUUCUCAACAAUCUCUCAAGCAACCAAAAACAAAACUUGAAGAGAUUUUUAUAGCAUAUAGUUACUAACCAUGAAAGGUGUUCAUUUCCUUCUUUCACUUGUUGUCUUGGCUUUGGCAACUUCCAUUGCCUCUGCCUAUGAUCCAAGCCCUCUCCAAGACUUCUGUGUGGCAGUAGAUGAGCCCCACAAAGCUUUGUUUGUGAAUGGGAAGUUUUGCAAGGAUCCAAAGGAAGUCAAUGCGGAUGACUUCUUUACUUCGGGGCUCAACAUUGCAGGAAACACUGAUAAUCCAGUUGGUUCCAAAGUAACAGCCGUCGAUGUUAACAAAAUUCCUGGACUCAACACUCUUGGAAUAUCGUUGGUUCGCAUUGACUAUGCACCAUAUGGUCAGAACCCACCUCACACUCACCCCCGCGGCACUGAAAUAUUGGUCGUCGUUGAGGGAACGCUCUACGUUGGGUUUGUGACAUCCAACCAACAAGAUGGCCAAAACCGCCUUUUCACAAAGGUUUUGAACAAGGGAGAUGUGUUCGUGUUCCCAAUCGGUUUGAUUCAUUUCCAGUUCAACAAAGGGCACACCCCAGCAGUUGCCUUUGCUGGUCUCAGCAGCCAAAAUGCAGGAGUGAUCACCAUUGCAAAUGCUGUGUUUGGUUCAGACCCUCCCAUCAACCCUGAUGUCCUAGCCAAGGCCUUCCAAGUUGACAACAACAUUAUCAACCUUCUUCAAAAGCAGUUCUGGUAUGACAACAACUAGACAGACCGGGAAGAAGUAAUGGCUAAUAAAUAGUCUAUAUAUUUGUUUCAACAACAGUUUCUAUAGCACUUUUGUUUUCUGUCACCUAAUAAACAGUUUGGUUAUGUCUGUACCUCUGUUCUCAUUGUAAUAAUUGCAGGAUUUUGCUGCUGAGUUCAUAAGAAAUUUCCUUGUAGUCUCA